AUGGUUAAAUCCACAAUGCCUGACCAUAAAAGCAAAGACGAAGCAGACCAGAAGAAAAGAGAGGAGAAGAGAAAGCAGGAGGAAAAAGAAAAAAAAGAGUACGAACAGUACCUCCAAAGAGUGAGAGACAUGAUCCAGGAGGACAGAAAAACAAACAAGGAGAAAGCACAAGUUGAAAUAGAUGGGAUGCUAGCUCUCCAGACCGCCUCGCUAAAAGAGUCACUGCUUAAGCCUCUGACUGGCUCACGGGAAAGACUGACAGAUGAUCAAAACCCAAGCGAGAUCACAAUAAAAAUAAUCCACGAAACAAGAAAACAGCUGCACACCCUCCCGGAGACUGCAACUGUAAGCGACUUUAAAAACAUUCUUAAAACACACUUUAAUAUAAAGAACCCAAAGGCCUUUAUCUCCACUAUAGCAGAAAUAGACUUCAAAAACCUCGGCGUAUCAUUGAAAUCGAUAGGAGUCUCAAACAUGGACACCAUCUAUGUCCACAGUUUAUAA